UUGAAAUAAGAUUAUCCCGAGAUCGAUCAUCCACGGUUUUUCACAACUCCAAUCUGUUAGUCUCCCUAGGUCGAACUCUAGGAAACGGAGAUUCCUCAUGUGCCUCUCACCGAGAAAACUGGAAUCUCUCAAAACCCGUGCCCUUAACUUGAAUACCCAGAUUUUUUGCUUUAACCUCUUCCUCCACCUUAAUAGCUUAGUAAUAAGCUCAUUAAUACCCCCCCCCCAAAAUAACCCCAAAAUAAAUAUUUAUUUUUUCAUCAAAAUCCAUUUAAACCCUUCAAUAAUAAUCUUUUUUAAAUACUCGCCCAAAAUUAUCGCCCUUUCCAAUCUUCUCUCUCUCAAUUUUCAAUCUCGCCAAUAUAAAGUGCUAAACACACACCACACCAAUAAUUACCUCAAACGACCAUCACUUUUAUUUUUUUUUAAUUUUUUGCUUCAGUUUCAAAUUUCUAUUUUUGCUUCUUCAAAAUCACUUUUUUUGGUUACUCAAUAA